AUGGCGGCGACCAAGCGUCAGGCUACGCGUGUUGACUACGCGCAAUUAGACAACUUUAGCUCUGUUGUUUUGUACGAUAAUUCUGCGCCCCGAAAGAAGAAGGGAAAGACAUAUGAGGUGGAAAGAAUAAUUGGCAGAAAGAAAAACACAAUUUCUACUUACAAUUUGGCCUGCUACUAUUCAUAUCUUAUUAAGUGGGCUGGAUGGCCUCUAGAUGCGUGUACUUGGGAGCCUUCUGCUCAUUUACCUGAGAGCUUAUUAAGGAGUUAUGAUCGUCCGCCAAAACCAUCUUCCAGCAGACUAGAAUCAACUGCUAGAGCAUUUGCUUGUGGUAUUCUGCACCUAUUAAAAUCAAAGGCAAUGGGUAGUGGAUACAUUGACCUUGAGCUUGAUUGUUGGCGAUACAUCACCCAAGGGAAAGGAACACCAUCAGAACAUAGGGGACAUGUUCUUUAUAAUAAGAGUGAUUUUAGUCGCCUUCCAAUGCUACCUCCUGACUGGUGGUAUUAUUUUAAUCAACAUGGGGAGGGGAAGAAAGUUGAUUUUCCCAUGAAGAUCAAACCCAUAAUUGGUUGGUCAUCAAAGAAGUAUGUCUUCGAUGGAAAGAAAAUUGUACCAGGAAAAAGGUUUCCAAUUGAAAAAAUAAGUGUUUCCUUUGCUCGGGUACCUUGUAAUGAAAAAAAUUAUUGUAUAUAGG